UUGGUCUUGUUAGACCUUCCGGGAGAUCCUCUUGCUAAGAUCGCGACUGCCGAUCCUAAUCGCGAUCGAUUUCGCGAACGCACGUGUGCGACGUGCGCACGUUUUCUUCGGUGCGAGACCGCGCCGCGUUCUUUUUUUUUUUUUUAUUGCGAGGCCACGAUUUCGGGCAAUAAGCCUGAUCGACUUCAUUCGACUUCGCUAUUAUCAUUUGCGCAAAUUCCACGUUUAUGGAACAGCCACGUGAGAAGUGACAAUCAAGUUCUCUGACGCACGAGUUCGUCGGUUGAGCAACAGCAAUGCAUCACGAUGAUAAAUUCUAAAUCUCGUGAUUGAGCGCAGAUUUUGCAGAGUUCCACAGAGCAAUUGACGAGGUGCAGUACCAUAACGUUGGCGGAGGAAACAGUGGAGAACACCAACAACGUAACAGCAUCCCCUACUGUAUCCAAAAAAAUCAUGAGUGUCUGCAAAAGAUUACGUUGGAUAUACCUAGAUUUGGCUUUGGCGUUAUCAAUGAUCGUACUCUUGGCGUUCUUGGAAUUACUCGUGCAACCGUACCAGCGGAUCGGUUUCUUUUGCAAUGACCCGAAGAUUUCGUUCAAAUUCACGGGCGAUACGAUCUCUACAGGCCUAAUCAUAAGCUUCAGUAUCGCCACGCCUUUACUAGUGCUAUGGAUCGCGGAAUACAUCUACUAUUCCGCCGACAGUUACGAGAGCGCAUCAUGUUACGGCACCCGGAGUAAACUAAUCUGGCGCUGGUACGGACACUACGCUGCGGGGAUUUUGACGCUUAUACUCCUUUGCGAAGUCAUGAAACUCCUGAUCGGUGAGCCGCGGCCGCACUUUCUCGACACGUGCAAACCGCGCGAGGCGACCAACUGCACCAAUGAAUACUUCAUUUCUUACACAUGCACGAAUACCGAGGUCUCCACCUGGUCCAUCAUCGAUUCCAACAAGUCCUUUCCCUCCGGUCAUGCCGCUCUCUCCGUCUACACGAGCAUCUUCUUGGUGUGGUACCUACAGAACCGUAUGCCGAAUCGGACGUUGUUUCUGAAACCGUGGCUGCAGUGCCUGAUGAGCAUGUGGGCCGUUACGUGCUCGAUAACCAGAGUGGGCGACAACCGGCACCACUGGUGGGACGUUCUCAUCGGCAACGUCCUCGGGCUUCUAUUCGGCCUGUUCGUCGUAAUAUUAUCGUGCCGACACUUCUGUCUCGAGCGUACCGCCGCCAAUGCCGCCGACGUUGCGAUGCACGCCCUUAACGAGCCCCUGGAGAACGGCCAGAUCGGAAGCUACGACAUGCAGCGCAAGCAUAACGCCAAGAAGCUACUCAAUCCUACCGCCGUCGACAUCUCGGAGAUCCGAGAAAUGAAGGACAUCGCGACCUGGAGUAAAUAAAUGCAUUCGUAUGACGAGGGGAUGAUUUCAGGGGUGGAGAUGAGGACGCGGGAAUACAUAGAAUCGCGAUGAUUGAAUCAUUCGUUUCGGAAAAGAUCGAACCACUCGUUCGUUCCAAAAAUAUCGAGAAUAUUUUCGUUGUACCUGAUCUGUUUUUAAGUAAUAAUAAUGUAAACUUUCUUCGGUAUACAAUAGUUGUAACGUGCAAAGAAACAGAAGUAUAAUAGAAAGAUGCAUAUUAAUGGGUGCAGUGGAAAUAAUGAUUCCAUUUUUAAAC